AAUAAAAUAAAAUAAAAUAAAAUCUCAACCCCAGUUAGUGCCAUUCCACCAUUUUUUAGUCUUUCUCUCUCUUCCAUUUCUCUAUAAUUGGUAAUCAACAAACUUGUAACCAAUCUGAAAUCCCCAUUUUCCUUUACCCGUUUCAAUUUUCCCCUAAAUCGACAAUGCUCAAUUUCUCCUUCCUCUUCAUCCUCAAUCCUCCGAUUUUCAUUUCUUUCUGAUAUCGGUUUUGGUGUUGUAAUUAAUUCAUCCACUGUUCUUCGCAGCAGAGAGAGAAACAAUUCAACCAUGGGAUUUAGAUCUCUGUUCCGAAAAAAGAAACCCUUCUCCUCCGUUAAUUCUCCGCUCGUUUCCUCAUCCUCCACACUCGGAUCUCGAUCCUCAUUAGAUGGUUCAGAAUCUCAGAUCGCAGAACUCGAGGAAGUAUUCAAGAAAUUCGAUGUGAACGGUGACGGAAAGAUCUCGUCUGCUGAAUUGGGCUCGAUUAUGACAAGCCUAGGGCACAACGCUACAGAGGAAGAGCUCGGGAAGAUGAUAGAGGAAUUCGAUGCCGAUGGUGACGGAUUCAUCAAUUUGCACGAAUUUGUGGAAUUAAAUACUAAAGAAAUCGAUCCGGAGGAAUUAUUGGAGAAUCUGAGAGAGGCGUUUUCGGUAUAUGAUAUCGAUGGAAAUGGAUCGAUAUCUGCUGAGGAAUUGCAUAAGGUUCUGAGAAGCUUGGGGGACGAUUGUUCGGUAGCGGAUUGCCGGCAGAUGAUCAGCGGCGUCGAUAGCAACGGCGAUGGAAUGAUUAGCUUUGAGGAGUUCAAGGUGAUGAUGUCGACGGGACUCUCCGUUGCUGGCGGCUGAGUUUGAACACCCGCCGGUGGAUUUCCAGAGGAAUUUGCCAGAAUUUGGAUCUUUUUUUUCUUUUCCGUUCUGUGUCUGACAAAAGUACCGCAAGUUCUUCCACUAUUCUUUUUUUCAAUAUUUUCUUCUUUGUGAUUUUAUCUUUUUUCUUUUAUCUUUUUUCUUUAUAAAUGAAGUCCCUAAUUUUUAUUUUA